UGACAGUUAUUUCACAGCAGAUUUUCUAAAGUUCUGAACGGACCUGCCGUUUUCCACUUAGAGAUUUCACACUAGGUGGUCUCCACUUGAAAUUGAUUCUGUCUCUAUGAAAUCAUUCAAGAGAUGGACCAAGAUGAAAGGCAAAGAAAACUAGAGGCCGGGAGAGCGAAGCUUGCACACUUCAGACAGCAGCGAGCGAAAGGCGACAGUGCCGGCGUGCAAAAAAAGUCGACGAAGAGGAAGGGCCAGGCUGUGGAGGCGAAUGCACUGCCAGCGCAAGAGCAACACCCAGAGCAGGGACAAAAUGACCGCUCCCAUGGACAUGAUGGCGAACAAGUCUCAGAGGAGUCACAGCCUGAUGGUACCUGCGAUAAUCUGGCAGCCUGCCAGAAGAGAGAGGAAACAGACUGGACGUGUACCCAGGAAAAGAGCUCUGUCUCGGGGGACAAGGCUGCAUCGGAGCACCCUGUUGAGACGGUGGACCUUCUUGGAGAAAUUAUAGUUACACACACUAGCAAAGAGCAACUGAAGCAGUUACAGGCUGCAGUGGAGAAGCGUAAUGAAAUCAUCUCACAGCUGAGUGUCAACCUGCAGGCGGCGCUGAUGAGCAGAGACAAAGUGCAGCUCGAAGCCCAGCAACUGACCAGUCAGAUACAAGAGCUGCAGCAGCAGCUACAGCAGGCUAAAGAGUACCUGCGUAGUAAAAGUGCAGGAUGGCUGGAUGCUCAAACUCAGCAGAACCAGUGGCAGCUACACACAGAGGACUCGCAGCAGGUAAAUAAAGAGUACCUCUCCUCUGAGAAGGAAAGUAAACUCUCAGCUCUCCAACAGAAGCUGGCUGUUUUGAAGGAUUCUCUUUCUCAGUUCCAGAGUGCUUUUGCAUCGAACAGCGUGGAGCAGGCCGAGACGAGACCGAACCACAUCAAGUGCCAGUCGGGUACUGAACGGAGCCUCAACUCUGAUGCUGACCUUCUGCUUCAGAAAUUGAGAACCGAGCUGGAUGAAGAGAGACAGAACGGCAGGCGAGCCCACGAGCUCGCCGAGUGCUUGCAGAAAACCGUGGCAAGUCUAGAGGCGGGGAGGGCGGCGAUGGAGGCUCAGCUAGCAGCAGCCCGGGCGGCACUCGAGAGGGCCGAAGAGCAGGCCCACGAGGCACAGCGAUACAAGGCGGAGAAGGAGGGGCUGAACCGGGAAGUGGCACGUCUGGAUGGCCUGGUCCAGGAGCUUCAGAGCCGGCUUGGCGAGGAGGAGGAAACGGCCAAGCGCCUGCGGUUCAAACUCGAAGCCGAAAUCGCCAACUACGAGCUCCGGCUCCAGACCCUGGAGGAAGAGCGGAAGAUGAACGUAGUUCAGUUAGCAGAGACCCACGAGGCUGCGCUCAGAAACUUGCGGGACGAGCAUUCGCUGGAGGUCCGGCAUAUUCAAGAGCUCCUAGCCAGAGCCCAGGAGCGUAACCACAUGCUUAGCCAGCGUGGCAUCUCCGAGGUGGAUGGAACGAUCCUGAACUCGGUCAAAGAGUCCAAAGAGCUGCACAAACAGGAGACGGUUGACGGGGACUUGGUUCAAACAGAGCCUGGCGCGGACGACUCUGGUGCAGACGUCCCGAACGACUUGAUGGAGCGUUACCUGAUGUCGGCAGUGCAGCGUGAAGGUUCGCAGGUGGAACAGAGCCUAGAUGAGCAUAGCCUCUUGGAGGUCUCAGAGCUGUCCAAAUUUGAGGUGGACAGUGAGGCCAUGUUUGAGUCAAGGUUAUCCGACCACCAGGACCCUGCUGCCGAUCGCAGCGGUCCAGCGUUGCUGGUGCUGCCAUACGCUGUGGAAGCGCUCUCACCCGAGCUAGGUGGCAUGUCCUUCAGUCAAACCCAGUGGCAGAGCUUCACCUCUUCCUCCGGGGAGCUGCACGAAAGUGUGGAUGUUACGGACCUGGGCAAGGAGCUUCUGAUCCAGCAGUGCCAAGAUCUGACGGAGCAGCUGGAACAGAAGGAGAGGCGGCUAGAGGUUCUCGAGGGGGAGGUGCGACACUCGGCCGAGGAGCUGGAGGAGGCCCGGGAGCGUUGGAGCAAAGCUUCAGAGGAGCUGGAGGAGGCGAAGUGGGAGCUGGAGACAGAACGGGAGAAGCGGCUUCGCUGUGAGGAGCUCAUCGGUCAGCAGAGACAGGAGCAGGAUAACCUGACGAAUAAACUCCGCCACUUGGAGAGUCAGCAAGAGAAGGAGUGCAUGGCGCCUGAAGACGUGGACCUUGGCGAGAGGACCUCGUGCAAGGAGGAGCUUCUGAAGGAAUUGACUGAGGAGAAGGUCUGGCUGGUGCUGCAGCUCAAACAGCAGGAGCAGCUGGUCAGGGACAUUCAACAGCAAAAAGUGGCAGGAGACUCUGUGAGCAGUGAGGUCCAGGCGCUCUUUGGCAGGCAGCUCUCAGCCCUUCAGUCCCAGCGGGACCAACUCAUGGAGCAACUGGAGAGCCAACGGGAAAAGAACCAAGCCACGGCUGUGCUGCUGGGCCAGAAGACGCUCGAGGUGGACGCUGCAUCCAGGGAGGUCCAGCGACUCCUAGUGGAGAUGCAGGAGAGAGUGGAGAGUCUGCAGCUUCUGGAGAAGGUCAACUCAGACCUGGAGUCCAAGCUGACGUGCCUUAAACAGAAUUUGACCAACAUGGAGGAAGCCUUGAGCCAGGGGACCGCGGAGAAGGCUGUCCUGGAAAAACGGCUGCAAACUCUGGAGCAGCAGGCUGAGAACAUGGAAAAGAUACUGGAAUCAGAACUCGAGAACUUUGAGGUCUGGCUGGAAGCGAAGAGUGUAGAUCUUGAGCAGAUGAAGGAAGCCAAAGAGAAAGCAGAGGAGGAGCACAUGGAAAAGGAGGGGACCUUGAAGAGAGAGCUGGCUGAAAUCCGACGGUCCCUGGACAAGUGUGUGCAGGAGAUGGAAGACGUGAAGCUCGCACUUGAGGAAAAGCAUCAAAAAGAGGUUAAAGACCUGAGCCUGCGCUUGGAGAGCGAGCUCGCCGCCGUCCGAGACGCUGCGCAAGAAGAGCAGAAGAAACAGAUCAGCCUCGUUAAACAGGUGCACGAGCGGGAACACCAGAGGGCGCUCUCCCAGCAGGCCUCCCGGCAGAGGGAGGAACUGAGCCGGCUGAAGGCAGAACUGUCUGACGAGCUCCGCGAGAGCAUGGAGGCGGCACACCAGGCCGAGCUGUCGCAAGCACAGAUGCAGCACGCGCUGGAGCUGGAUGCGCUGCGCCUGAGCCUUACCAACAUGCACACGGCCCAGCUGGAGCUGUCCCAGGCCAACCUGCAGAAGGAGAAGGAGGCAGCACUGUGCGAGCUGCAGACCAGCCUGAGAGAGAAGUGGUCCCAGGAGAGCGCCAUGCUGCACACCCGCCAGCAGUUUGAGCUGGAGAGGCACCGCGAGCAGGAGAGACGAGCACAGCUCCAGCACCAGCAGCACAUUGAUGAACUGAAGCGCGAGUGGGAAAAGAGCCUCUCCGAUGAACGGACGUCACUGCAGCAAGAGCACACCAGAAAGCUAGAGGAUGCAAAGAGCCAGUGGGUGCUAGAGGCCGAACGGGAGCGUUCGGAGCUCCAGAGCCGUUUGGCUGAGGCCCAGCAGCAGCUGUCCAAGACGCAGGUGGCCCUCGCCGAGGCCGAGGCGCGUUUGUCUGAAGCGCGGGACGACCUGCAGGAGCUCCGGCGCUCUGAAGAGCAGAUCGAGCACCUGGAAAAGGAGCUGAGCCAGGCAUGGGCCGACCGGGACUCCGCAGCACGGGCGGUCGAAGAGCUGGUGGUCAGCCACAAGCGGGUGCUGGAGGAGCACCAGGCGAGAGCGCGUGGUCUUGAAGAUGAGGAGAAACGGCUUCGGCAGGAGGUGGAUGGGCUGAUUGCCGAGCGGGACACAUUGAAGUCCAGCUCGGAGCAGGAGAUCUCUGACCUCCAGUCUCAGAUGGACAGCAUGAGGACCAGCAGGCAGGAACUGGCAGAGCUGAAGGAGCAGCUGGCGGCACGCUCUUCGCAGACGGACGAUGUUGUGCGGCUAAAGCUGGAGCUCUCGCAGCAGCGGAGCGCCCUGGAGCAGCGGAACGAGGCGGAGCUGGAGGCCCUGCGGGCCUACUUCGAGCAGCGGCUCCGUGCCGUCGAGGACGGACACCGCGAGGAGAUCGCCCUGCUGCAGUGCCGUCUGGAGGAGUCCAUCCUCAGGACUGCAGAGAACAGCUUCCACUCAGAAGAGAAGUCUGAGGAGGCGAGAAGUGAUGCACUGGCUCAGAUCACAGACCAACUGGAGAAUCACAAGACGGAGCUGGACGCACUGCGGCUGCAGCUGGAAGAGAAGCGCAGGCAAGAUCUGGAGCAGCUGCGCUGUGACAUGGCGCUCUCCUACAAGGAGGAACUCCUGCAGGCGCGCACAGACCUCACCGACGGUUACUAUAGCGACAUCGAGCAGCUCAACACCAAACACGCGCUGGAGCUCGAGCAGCUGCGCGCCAAGCUCUCCGACAGCCACCUGAAAGACAUAACCAAGUUGCGGCUGCAGUCACUGGCGGAUGUGGCGCACCAGGUGGAGGCCCAGCUGGAGGAGAGGGCCCGGCUCCAGGCGGAGGAGCACCAGGCCAGGCUGGCCCAGCUGGCCUCCGAGGCGGAGCGCAUCCUGGUCCUGGAGAACCAGCUUGCCCAGCUGACCCUCCAGCACGCCCGGGAGCUGGAGAGAAGUUCCGAGCUGCACACGGAGGAGCUGAAAGACCUGGAUGCCAGGCUGCAGAAAACCUUCGACGAGGAGCUGAUCUCACGUCUGGAGGAGGAGAGGAGUCGCGUGACGGAGGAGCUCUCUCAGCAGCACAACAACGAGCAAGCCCAGCUUCGCAAGCAGCUCCGGGCUCAGGCGGAGGAGCGGCUGGCCUCCCUGAGAGAUGAGCUCCAGCAAGCCACAAGGGAGGCGAGAGGGGAGGCAGAGCUGAAGCUCACCCAGACCCAGGAGCUCCUGGCCGGGGACAGGCUGAGGUCGCAGGCACCGCAGGCGAGCGUGGACAGAGAGGAGAGUCCUCAGCUGGCGGCUGCAAAGCAGACGCUCCAGGCUCGGUACGAGAGCGAGCUGCGUACGGCCAAGAGCGCCAUGGCCGCGGAGGUGAAGGAGCUGAACGCCUUGCUGCAGGAGCAGGCCGAGAGUCGGCUACAGGAUGCCCUCUGCAGGCACCAGGAGGAACAGGGGAAGCUGGAGGAGAAACUCACCCAGCAGAGAGAAGCUGACCUUGGGUUGCAGAGGCAACAGUAUGACCAGGAGUUGGAGUCACAGCGAGGCCUACUGGAGCAGCACGUUUCAGAGCUGCAGCGUUUGGAGAAAGAGUGUCAGGAGCUGAGAAUCCGACACAAGGCGGAGCUCGAGACUCUCUCCGCCAAUAGCAAGGCAAGCCUGCAGGCCCUGGAGGCGGAGCUCUCUGAGAAACACAAGGCGGAGCUCGAUAAACUACAGGUGGUCCUUCAGGAGACUAACUUGGCACAGCUAGAAGCCCGGGAAGCGGAGCUCGUCGCCCGCCACGCGCAGGAGCUGGAGGAGCUGGAGACCAGGUUGUUGUGCAACAUGGACACCCUGGAGAGCACGUACCUCCGGGAGGUCCAGGCAGCCCGGGAAGAGAGCGGAGAGGCCCUGAAGGAGCAGCAUGCCAGAGAGCUGGAGAACGUGCGAGAGGAGGAGCAAAUGCUCCGGGAGCAGCUACAGAGGGACAUGGCUCAGGUCCACAUGGACAAGUUUAGCGCCAUGGCAACUGAACUCAGACAAGCCCAUCAGGAAGAGCUCUCUGCUGCACUCUCCUUGCAGAAGGCUGCUCUAGACGCCGCUCACCUCUCCGCACUGGAAAACCUGCAGCAGCACGUGCUCGACCUGGAGAAGCAGCACAGCACUGCCCUGCUGGAGAUCGUGGACAUGACCACCGUGGAGAAGCAGCAGCAGCUGGACUCCCUGACUGCCCAGCACCUGGUUCAGCUGCAGGAGCUGAGGGGAGCGUCUGCCCGGGAAAUGGAGGCUCUGCGCAGGGAGCUGGAGGAAGGGGCCACGCGACAGCGACUUCACUUCCAGGAAGAGGCGGAGCUUCUCAAGUGCCAAGUGGAGGAGCAGCUGCAGCAAAAGAUUGCACAGAUAAAGGAGGACGGCGAGCAGGAGAGGGCAGCUGCGGUAGAGGAGGUGCAGCGGAGUCUACGGGAGGAGCACCAGCAGAACGAGGUCCGCUACCGCGCCAAGAUGAGCCAGCUCACUGCACAGCUGCAGCAGCUGGACACAGUGGUGGCACAGCUGCGUGCGGAGGUGAGCGGCCUGCAGGGAGAGCUGGAGGGCAAGCGUGCAGAGAUGGCCACACUGGAGACUCUCCUACAGCGGCGGGAACGCGAGGGCCAGGAGGGGGCCAACCUGCUUGCCAUGCUACGUGAUGACCUCCAUGCUGCCACCCAGCAGAGACGAGACCUGCAGUCGUCCAAUGACCGACUUCAACGACUCCUCCUCGAGACGCUGCGGGUUACCAUGGCGACAGAGGACCAGAUCAGCCGGCGGCUGGGGGCUUGUGUGGUAGAUCACCGCGGCGACCACCCUCCCAAGCCCAGGACCCACUGCAGCGGUCAGGUCUCCCUGCAGACAGGGGAUAAGGACGCCAGUGCCAUGGAGGGAGGGGUCGACUGCAGCGCCUUCUCCUCGGCGACGGACGAGGGGCUGGAGGUGUCGGAUCGCCUGUGUGAGAGCGUGCUGGUCGGCCCUGAGGGUGAGCUGGAUCCCAGCAGGGAGGAGCUGGUGCUGGGGACCUGCGUCCGCCUCCGUGCCGCCAUCGACAAGCUGCUGGAGCUGGUCUCUGACUCCACGCAGCAGCUGGAGCAGGUGCACGCUCUGCAGGCCGCUCUGGAUGAGCGGUUCCAGGAGGGCGGAGAGGCCCGGGACGCUCUGGUCCACCACCACUCCCAGAUCAUGGAGCAACUGGAGCAAGAGGCCAGCAUGAAGAACCAUCUCCAGCUAGAGCUGCACAAGGCUGAGGGUCUGAUGGAGGGCUACGUGGCGGAGAAGGCCGCCCUGGAGGAGGCGCUGCAGCAGAAGGAGGCACGGGAGCAACUUCUGGCUGAGGAGCUGGAGAGCACGCGAGCCCGGCUGCAGGAGCUGGAGGAGGAGCACGUCCUUCUGCAGCGGCAGAGAGACGCGCUGUCCGCAGGCCUCGGGGACACCGAGAAGGCUCUGUUGGAGGAGGCGGAGCGUCUCGGGCGGGAGCGCGUGGACGUGCAGCGGCAGGCGGAGAAGGACCGCGGUGGGCUGGCAGCGCGCCUCCGUCUGAUGGAGCUGGCAGCAGAGGAGGCAGAGGGGCGAGCCCAGCAGCAGCAUGAGCAGCACCGCACACACACCGACGACCUGCAGCAGCACAUCGCCGCGCUGGAGAAACAGCUCAAGCACCACCGCCAGUUCAUGGAUGAGCAAGCGGUGGAGAGAGAGCAUGAGAGGGAUGAGUUUCAGCUGGAGAUCAAGAACCUGGAGGCCCAGCUCAGGCUACCCACCAAAGGUCACUGCACAGCGGACAGCAAAGGUCAAAGGAUUGAGGACUUGGUUCUUCAGGUGGAGAGCCUCCAGGCCCUGCUCAAGGACCGGACGGAGGACUACGGUGCCCUUUUGGCGGCCAAGGAGCAUUGCAAACAGGAACUGCGGGAUCGCGACGAGGAGAUCGACAAGCUGGCGUCCCGCGUCCGCGAGCUGGAGCAGGCCCUGCUGAGCAGCGCCGAGGCCACCAGGGCUGUCCUGCAGCUGGAGCAGGACCUACAGAGGACCCGCAAGAGCCUGCAGGACCUGGAGCAGGAUAAGGAGUCUCUGCAGCAGCAGCUGUACUCCAGUAAACUCCAGAUGUCUGCUCUGCAAUCCAAGCUGGAUGAGACACGGCACCGUGUCCCCACCACUGUGGACCCCAGCCUCCGUCAGCAGCUGGAGGAGCUGCAGCGGGACUUGCAGAGCAGAGAGCAGCAGGUGGAGCUGCUACUGGAGCAGGUGGAGGAGCUCCAGAAGACUCUGGCAGUGAGGGAGGAGGACACCAGACAGAUUACACUGCAGAUGGAGCUGAACAGCAGACAGAGCAGAGCCAGUGAGGAACAGCUCCAGAAGCAGGUCACACAGCUGCAGGAGACCGUGAGCUCACUGCGCAGGCAGCAGGAGGAGGCGCAGGGGGAGCGCUCGCUGCUGCAGCUCCCUGUAGCUCUGCUGGAGGAGAAGAACCUGGAAAUCGACCACCUCAACCAGCAGAUUGUCCACCUCCAGCAGGAGCUGGACACCACCAAGGACAACAAGAUUGUGGAGGAGACGCAGGUGGAGAUCGAAGAACUGCGUGCUGAGGUGGAGCGUCUCCGCGGCGACCAGGAGCGCUUGCGUCAGGCCAAGGAGGAGGAGGCGGAGCAACUGCACGAGGUCAUCCACAAGCUGCAGGAGGAGCUGCAGCAGCUGGAACCUGACCGCCACGAGGUCAGCGACCCGGGAGCGGACAGCCCUGAGUCGUCAGACUUCCCCUGGUCUCCGCGGCCCCAGCACGGCCCCCAGGAGAGCCUGUGUCACGAGCUCAGCAGUCACACGCUGCAGGCCUCCCGGACCAAGCUCCGGGAGCUCCAGGCUGACCUGGAGCGCUCAGCGGAGGAGAAGGAAGCGCUGCAGAGGCUGCUCCUCUCUCAGGAGGAGCAGUACGGACAGCAGGUGGAGGCGCUGGGCCGGAGCCUGGCGGAGGAGAGGGCCCGGCUGGCCCUGCUGGAGCAGGAGGUGGCGGAGCUGAGGCAGCAGCUUGCUGAGAAGAUGGUGGAGGUGGAGGAGCUUCGGGACCACGCCCGCCAGCUGGAGGACGGAGAGAAGGCCGGGCACGCCGCCCUGGCCGACUCAGCGCUCCGGCUGAGGGGUGCGGAGGAAGGGAAGGAGGAGGCACGGCAGGAGCUGAGCAGACUCUGCGCGGAGGCACGGAGGGAUAAAGAGGAGCGGGAGAGGCUGGAGGGAGAGGCAGCGGAGCUGCGGAGGAAGUCGGAAGCGAGCUGGAACGCCGUGGCGGAGCUGGGGGAGAAGGUCCGGCGGGGCCAAGCAGACGUUGCCACCCUGGAAACGGCCAAGAGGGAGCUGUACGCAGACAGGCAAGCGCUGAGAAACCGCGAGGGACGACUCCAAGAGGAAAUAGAGAAGCUGAAAAAGGAAGUGACGUCAAAGACCGAACAGAUACAGGAACUGAACGCGCAGCUGGAGGAGAGGGCAACCAGACAGGAGGAAGUACAUAAAGAAGUUCUGACGUGUGCAGAGGAGACCCUCGCCAAGGCAGAGAGAGCUCUGCGUGAGAGGGAGGAGCAGUUGGUUCGUCUGAGGGCGGAGCUUGAUUCGCUGAGGUCGGAGCUAGCUGCCGUAAAGGAGGGGCUCAGCACCAGUACAGAGAGAGCUGAUAAGCUACAGGAGGAGGGACAGACCAAGGACCGUGCCCUGGCUGAUCUGGAGGUGCACAACCAGCACCUCCGGGCCGAGCUACGCAGCCUGCAGGACGACCUGGCCGUGCAGGAGGAGGAGCUCGCCUACCAGCAGAGGGAGUUGGAGGAGCUCCGCCAGCGCUACGAGCACGCUGGCCCCAAGCGCGAGCCCCGCUUCCUGGAGGGCCUUUCGCGCGACGCCUCCCUCUCCUCCCCGGAGGCGCUGCGGCAGAUGGACUGCAGCGAGGAGCGCCCCUCGCACCUCCACGCGUCGCGUCUGUCAGAGCUGAGUGCCCUGGAGUUGGGCGCCAAGCCCUCGCCGGCAGAGCGGCGGAGCAGGCCACGCCGGCCGCCUGCCCCGCCCCCUGACGCAGAGCCGCCCAGCACGCGCUCACCCUCGCUCUCCACACGCUCGCUGUCCGUCUCCGAGAACCUGUCUGUUCUCGAUUCGCUGGACACCGACAAGAUGCGAGAGGUGGAGAAUCUGGAUAUGACUCCAUCUCGCUCUCCGCUGUGCUCCACCUCCCCUGUCUCUGUGCCUGAGUGGGCCAGCGACGGAUACGGCAGCAACGUGAGCUCGGAGCUGGAGGCUAACCUGAAGCUGGAACUGGAGCACUCGGAGCGGCUAGACGCCCACUUUGUGGAGUACCUCCGCUGCCGGGGCAUGCACCCAGCCCCCCACCCCGACGAUGGCGCCGCCCGCAGCCUGAGCCAGGAGUUGCUCUCGCCGGAGCUGCAGGCUGUGCUGAAGCGCGUGUACCAGGAGAGCUGCAGGGUGCUGUCGCUGUCCCAUCGGCCCGCCCCUCCCGGACAGCCCCGCCCACAGGCUGAGGAGGCCCCACCCCCUUCCUGGCAGCAGGAGAGGCGGGCUUUGCAGGAGACUGUGCUGUCACUCAGGGAGCUUCUCUGCAGGAUGGCUGCCCAUGAGCCCAAGGCUAACGAUGAGGUUGACUGGCGGCGGGAGCUGCUGCAGGCUGUGCGGAGUGUGUUUGACAGCGAGAGGAAAUGGCUUCACGCCCAGUUCCAAGCAGUCAUGGCAACCAGUGCUGGCGCAGACCACACCUCCCUUGUGGAGCACCUGGAGAGGCUUCUCCAGAAACAGGAGCAGCAGCAGAGGGCUUCCCUGGAGCAGUUGCUGGCAACUGACCAUGCCAGUCUCCUGGCUGAGGUCAGCAGCCUGCACACACAGCUGCACGCGUGUACCCUGCAGAGCCAGGAACAGUUGCGUGAAAUGCAGGGUUCCCUCCAUGCGGCGCAAGAGCGCAGCGAGCACACACAAUGGCAACUGCACACACGAGUCGAGGAAGUGGAGAGACGGUUGCAGCAGGAGCAGACAGUGGUACAUGAGCUGCGUCACUCUCUGGAGGAGGAGCAAUCCCGAGGGGCAGAGCAGCACACGCAGCUGGAGGCGGAGCGGAAGGUGGUGUCUGAGAUGAGGGCGGAGCUAGAAGAGAGUCGUCGGCAGCUACAUUUAGCUUGUAAAGGCAGAGAGGAAUUACAGAACCAGAUUCUUCAACUCCGGCUGAAGCUGGAGAACAAGGAUCGGGAGUGCCAGGCUUGUGUGGAGGACGUGGAGAGAGAGCAGACCAGAGUCAAACAGCUCCAAGAAGAACUUCACCACGAGAGACUCAGCGGCCAGCGUGCACUUGAGCAGAGCACGCACACGCAGGAGUCUCUGCGCGCCUCCCUGUCUGAGCAGGCGUCGCGUCUGUGCCAGCUGGGCUCGGAGUUGGAACAGGAGCGUGUUGCCACUAGCAACCUGCGCUCGGAGCUGCAGAUGGAGCAGUCUCGCUGCGAGGCGCUGCUGGCCCACGAGCGUGAGCGCACAGAGCAGGCCCUGGUGCACCUCGAUGCCGAGCGUCAGCGCGCCACCCAGCUCUCGGACGCACUUUCACGCCAGGCGCAGGAGGCGCGCGCCCAGGAGGUAGCCAGCGCCCAUGACGGGAGGUUCAUCCACGAUCUCCGGGCCCAGCUGGAGCAUGAGCGGAACCGGUCGGAGGAGCUCGCCACCACCAUGGAGGAGCUCCGUGCCCAGGCGCUCCAGGGGAGGCGCAGGCAGGAGGAGGAGGCGCACAGGGGACAGGAGGAGGCGAGGAGGCUGCGGGAGGCCCUGGAGGGUCUGCAGAUGCAGCGGGAGGAGGUGGGCCGCAGCCUGGAGGCGGAGCGCCGGAGGGCCACGCAGCUCCAGGUGGAGCUGGACGAGGUGAAGGGGAAGAUGAAGGACGUGAUGGACAAGGAGAGGGUGCGGGAGGAGAAGAGGGAGAAACAGCGGAGGCAGGAGAUACAGGAGCAAGAGGACAAAGAGAGGAGGCAGGAGCGCACCACGGAGAAGCUGCGGGAGCUGGAGGUCCUCCGCGAGCGCGAUCAGCAGCAUGUCCGGCAGCUGCAGCACACCCUGGCUGGCCUGGAGCAGCAGGAGAAGAGGCUUGCCUCGGAGCGCCUGCGCAGAGCCCUGCCCACCUCCGAUGAGCCCCGCCCUGGCGGACACGCCCACACGCAGGAGUCCUCGCUGAUUGAGCGCGUGUUGAAGGAGAACUCCGAGCUGGCGGAACGUCUGUCGUGUCUGAGUGAGGAGAAGGUUUCCCUCACACACACAGUAUCCUGCUUGGAGAGGGAUCUGCUCAACUUCAAACGUAGUGAGCAGACAGGCUCGUCGGCGUUGGCGGAGAAGCUGUCCUGGCAGAAGGAGAAGGUGGCUUUGCAGACGGCGCUGCACAGGGCUGAGGCCGACCUGGCCAGGGUCACGGCUGGCAUCGAGAACAGGGCCGUCCCUGACCUGUCCAGCACCAAGGUGCAGCGGCUGUAUGAGAAGUACCUGCGUGCGGAGAGCUACAGGAAGUCUCUGGCCUACCAGAAGCGUUACCUGCUACUGCUGCUAGGGGGUUUCCAGGACUGCGAGCAGGCCACGCUGGCGCUGAUCGCCCGCAUGGGUGCGCAGCCCUCGCUGGGUCCCGCCCACGCCCCCACGCCCCUCAGCCGCUUCCGCAGUGCCGCCCGUGCCCUCAUCGCCAUCUCCAGACUGAGGUUCCUCACCAGGAAAUGGCAGAGGGUGACGAGGAAGAGCGCAGGAGGGAGCGGCGCAGCUCUGAGGACAGAGGCUCUGAAACCACAGCAUUCUGGGGCUGCUUUCAACUCUCCGCCCACCCGUGACCAUGUCAUCACACAGAGGGGUGUGGUCUCUCCUCUGGUGGCCACCCAUGACCACGUCCUCUCACAGAGGGGCGUGAUCUCGCCCCCAGUCAAAUCUCCCUUCAGGCUGCACAACGGGGGAGGCCCCGGCAGCGUCUCCACCCUGGCAGAGCGCACCCUCACGCCCUCUCAGGACCAGGAGCGCUCCUUGGCUGAGUACAUCCAGCACCUGGAGAACGUUCAGCAGCGUCUGGGAGCCAUUCGACCAGGGUCCCCCUCCGUGCACUCUUAUUCCAGAAAAUCUGACCGGUGAACAGCCGAGUGGGUCACACAUGGCAGCUUUCUGUUCCUGCCGUGUAUGUUCUUUAUACACGCGAGUUGAGGUACUUGAUUAUUUUUGACAUUUGUUUUAUUGAACUUUUUUUUUGUCAACCUCAAACUGAUAACACUGACCACCCAAAGUGUGUUUGGUAAUAGUGCGAGCUGUUUUAUGCUUCUUCCGAAAUGUUUCACACACCAGACGGUCUGUAAAUGUUCACCAUGGUUGUUAUUGUGUAGAUUACCUGUUUUUUACAAUGUUAGCACUGGAACCUGUAAAGAAUCAUCACCGUUAUAUUGUACAAAGGUGCACGUUUUGUAAACUUUUUAACUUUUUUUAUGAAGCUGCAGCAUUUCUAUGUAAUUCAAUAAAUAUUUUAAGAUUUGGA